AUGAACACACAUCUCCAAGAACAGUACAACAACUUCAGCACCAUCAAGUGGUUUCAAGGAGGAAUCGCAUUAAGAGUUAGUCUAGCAUGUAGCUCAAGCCAGAGCAGAAGUUCAUUUGGGUCUUUUGACCCUGACUGUUGGGACGCCCUCUCAACAUGCCCCAGUGGGGCAGGAAGUCUGCUGCCAGCUGGACCGAGACGGCGUGACUGGGGGUUCUGGAAUGGGGAUCCGUACUACGAGGCUCGCCGGAUAGUGAUAAAUCAAAAGAGGGUGGCCAACUUUGAGACUUUGCUGAGAGAAGUGACCGGCGGAAUACAAGCUCCGUUUGGAGCGGUGAGAAACAUCUACACCCCGAGGGGAGGCCACAAGGUGGACUGUUUGGACAGCCUGCAGAGCGGGGAGCAGUACGUCGCUGCUGGGAGGGAGAGAUUCAAAAAGAUGGACUACCAACAGAUUGGAUCCCGAAAGAAGAAUAGAUUGCAGAGUCUUCCAAUGCAGGCUAGACCACUGCCACAGAAUCGACUCACUGUUUCACCACGAUUCCUCAAACCGAUCAAGGAGCCAUGUACAAUAUUUGUGGUAGCAAACGGCGACAUCUUGAACCCAGCAAUGAGGCUGUUGAUCCAGCAACGGAUUCUGUGCCAGUUUGACAGAAUUCUAGAGAUGAUCACAGAGAAGAUGGGGUUGAGAGUUCUGGGUGGUGUUCGAAGUCUUUACACUUAUGAAGGCCACCAGGUGACUGAUGGGAGUCAGCUGGAGAGCGGUCAGCUUUAUGUGGCUGUAGGAAGAGAAAAGUUUAAGAGGCUGGCCUACAGUGACCUACUUUUCACCAAGCCACGAGGCACAAGGAGGGUCAACGGUAUACUGACCCAAGUCUAUACUGAAAUGAAAGGUUAUUCUCUACCACCCAUCUACAGAUCCCCCAAGCAAAAUGGAAACAGUAAGUCCACAACUCGGUGCAGUGAGAAUGGAGAUGGAGACUCCAAGGCCUCUCCCCCAGACCACAAUGGCAACAGCAAGGAACACCUAGUCUCACUCGUCAGAGAGAUCUCUCAAGCCAGACUUAUGUCCCUGAGGAAGAUGAGGAGUGGACAAAGCAUGACCCUCGAUGUGACUGACAAUGGAAAUGCAGAUGACCUAGAUUCAAAAGCUGAUGAUGGAAACACUGACGACAAACCCCCUCAGGACCAGCCAGUUGAUGAGAAUCCUGCAGAAGAAGGAGAGAAGCAAGAGGUCGCUGAUGAAAGCACCACAGAAGACACAAAGGAGGAGAAUGAAGAGACAAAUGGUGAAGAGCAGGGAGGAGAAGAGAAGGAAAAUGAUGAGCAAAAUGAUGAAAGAGAGGAAGAAGCAACAGGCGGGACGCUCCGAUUGUUGGCGGACAUGGUGUCUAUGGAUUUGGCGGGCUUUACCGGAGAGCUAAAAAUAGGCAGCACAAUCUACUGCCAGUCGGGACGAUAUGUUAUACAGGAUUUCAUAGGAGAAGGAAGUUUUGGCAAAGUUGCCAAGUGUUUGAACCUCCUAAAUAAUGAGACUGUAGCCAUCAAAAUCCACAAAAGCCAUCUCAGCAAUGCUGACAUUCAUCAGGAAGUGGACAUGCUACAACAAAUCAGCACUCUCGACCCAGACCAAAACAACUUGGUGGAAUUCAUAGACGCCUUUGAUUGUGAAAACUGCUAUUGUCUGGCCUUUGAAAUGCUAGACAAGAGUCUUUGGGACCUGAUGAAAGAGAGACACUUCCAGCCACUGACGCUUAAUGAAAUCCGCCCGAUCACACAACAAGUACUAAAAGCAUUUAAUGCCCUGAAAGGACUUGGCAUUAUGCAUACCGAUGUGAAAGUGGACAAUAUCAUGCUAGUCAAUCAUCAGGAUCAGCCCUUCAAGGUGAAAUUAAUUGAUUUUGGCCUGGCUCUCCCAGUCAGAAAAGCAAAGGUUGGAAUGACCCUGCAAGCACCCUCAUUCAGGGCGCCAGAGGUGUUCCUGGGUCUUCCCAUAUCGGAAGCCAUCGAUAUGUGGGGACUGGGAUGUGUCAUAGCCUUCCUGUACUUCGGCAACUACCUCUUCCCUGGUGACGCUUCAUAUGAGGAGAUGAAAGCCAUUUGCCAGAUGUUAGAGGAAGCCUUGGUCACUGAAGGAGCUGGCAGCUGA